AUGCGCAUUCUAGCCGCAAAUCCCCCGCUUGCCCUCUCUGCAGCUCUCACAGUCCCCAGCAAUAUGGACAACGAUCUGACGAAACGAGGAAACGACAUGGUCGCAAUCCUCUCAUGUAAUGGCGUCCUUGUAGCCUGUGCGGCUGCAUGCCUGAGACUUCAAGCUACGCAUGCACGAGAGGCUUGUAACUCUUUUUGUUACCAUGCAUGGCUGCGGCAGCUUCGAGAAGCUGACAACAACCUUCCAUCUGGAAUCGAUGCGCCCGCGAUUACUCGUCGUCAAAAUAUACAGGCGGUUAGCGGAUGCAAUGGCAGAAUGGUCAAGUGCAUCGACGCUGUGAACGAUUCUUUGGGCGAUGUUACCUUUGCAUGA